AUGCUGGAUACAUCAGAAGCGGUUCCAAAGUAUGUUGGUGGUGUUGAAGACCGGGUUGAUGUGGCAGUUGAUGUUAUGUCGUACUUUGAGCUUGUGAGUAUUUUGAUUCAGGAUUUCGAUUACUUGUCGGUUGAGAAGAUGUGGUAUUUGACUCCGGGACAGAGCAUGGAGCAUGGUUUGCACGAGAUUGCCAAUGAUUCUGAUGUGAUGAAUGGGUUACUUGGAGAUGCCGAGCUAGGGGAGGUGGUGGUGUUUUUUGAAGCAACCAAGUUUCUCGGUGAAAUGGGGGACAACUAUGGGAAUAGUGAAGAUGUUGCAGACGAGGAAGGCGACAACUCUGGCGUUGCAGAGUUCAUCCGGUUAGAUGAUUAUGAAGCUCAGACUUCAGAUGAGGAAUAUCAUGAGAUUAGGGCCCGUUGUCGUCGCAUGAGACAAAAAUGCAUGUUUGAGGCGACUGGAUUGGGGGAAGAGGUCGGCCUAGUAUUUGUAGAUGAAGAUGAGGUACAACAGAGUGUGCAGCAGGAGGAUGGAGAGCCAGAGGUACAUCCUACUGUGAACGAGGAAGAAAAUGCAGGGGAGGGACAGCGAACAGAUAACAUGGAUGAUGUUGAUGUUGACGUUGAAGGGAGUGAAGCUUCUUUCUAUAGGGGUUCCGAGGACUCAAAUCAUGUGAGGGGAAAUUUGGAUGAAGAAGAAGAGGUGUCUAUGAUCGACAAGUGUCGAUUUUAUGAUCCAAAUUGUGAUCAUAAAACACUGUCAAUUACCACACAUAUGAGGUUUGCUAGUCCCAAGCAGUUUCAAGAAGCUAUUACAAAGCAUUCAAUCGAGAUUGGAGCUGAUAUUAGAUGGGUGCGCAGCAGUGAGAAGAGAAAAGAAGCUGUGUUUGCCCAAAAGUGUGGCUGGAGGGUGUAUGCAAGUUGGUAUGGGAAGAGGGAGACUUUUAUGGUGAAAGGUGUUGGGACUCCUCAUGACUGUCCGCGUACUUUUCGCAUUCGAGGUGCUACUUCGAAGUGGAUAGCUACUCAAUUUCUAGAUCGGUUUAGAGUGGAGCAAGAUUGGGAUGUGAAUCUCAUGGCGGCUGAGAUAAAGCAGAAGUACAAUGUGGAGGUGACACGGAAAAUCUGUUACCGAGCUCGGAUUGAAGCUCGACGCAUUCUCCAUGGCUCCUUACAAGAAGAUUUCAAUCGGAUUCGGUCAUAUAUAGGUCAUCUACAGCGAGUUGACCCGGAUGGAACCUUCCGGCUAGAGGUGGAUUUGGACCCAGGAUCCGAUAAUGUAUUCUUCAAGAGAUUCUAUGUUGGGUUUUCAAGCGUGUGUCGUGGAUUCUUGGAGGGCUGUAGGCCUUUCUUCUGUCUAGAUGGGUGCUUCUUGAAAGGGGAGGUCAAAGGGAUGUUACUUAGUGCUGUUGGAAAAGACGGAAACAACCACAUGUACCCGAUAGCAUGGGCAGUUGUUGAGUCUGAAAACGGGAGUUCGUGGACAUGGUUCUUGCAAAUAUUGAAAGAACAGCUUGGGCUACAAGAUGGCAAUGGGUGGAAAAUUGUUUCAGACCAACAGAAGGCAAGCUUCCAUUUCCAUCUUAUUUAA